AUUGUAGCCAAAUUUUCUCAGAUAUUUGCGUACACUUUCAAACGCAUUACAUAGCGUGAAAUCGGAAGAGGCACAAAGCAUCAAUGGAGGCCGGAGUAGAGAAGAAAACGGCCAUCUCUCCGAAAUCUAAGAAGAGACCUCGCCGUAAAAGAGAAGUGCCUCCAACUGAAGUUGGCGACAUAGAGGACAUCAGUUUCAGUAAAGACGAAACCCUACAAAUUAGGGCUUCUCUAUUGGAAUGGUAUGAUAAAAAUCAAAGGGACCUUCCUUGGCGAACAAUGAGUGGAGGUUUGGAUGAGAGAGAUAAAAGGGGUUAUGCAGUGUGGGUUUCUGAAGUCAUGCUUCAGCAAACUAGGGUUUCAACUGUGAUUGAUUAUUUCAAAAGAUGGAUGAACAAAUGGCCUACUCUUCAUCAUCUCGCUCAAGCUUCUCUUGAGGAGGUGAACGAAAUGUGGGCCGGUUUGGGGUAUUAUAGACGAGUUCGCUUUUUAUUACAGGUCAGCUUCCUUUUUUUUGAAGAGAGGGAGACAUUCAUUCUACAUGCUUGCUGACUUGUGAAAACUUUUCUUCUUCUUCCUUCACUUAUUAGUUAAUUUCAAGUAGCACCAAGAUAAAAUCACAGUACCUGAGAUGGUGAUAGCAAUAACCAGUAACAGAAGAAGAAGAUAUAAUGUAACUAGAGCAAAAUAAGUUCAUUCUUAAUGAUUCUCCCCUUGCUACAAUACAGAAUACAAGGAAGAAAAGAGCUGAUGUGGCAUAACCACUUCUGGGGUUCAAAAUGAAAUAAAAUAAACUAAAAACUUGACUUGAGGGACUUAAUUGUAAUUGCAAUAAAUAUCCCUAACGACUUCUAACCGCUCUGUCUAUUGUUCCGUCAUAAAUCGUAUCAGGUCCCCCUGGACGACCACUUCGUUGUCCUCAAGGAAGGAAGGAAGGAAAUCUGUGUCUAACCUCCUGAGCCUCCUCCCAAGUAGUCUUAUCUUCAGGGAACUGAUCCACAGAAUCAACCACUGAGCGAUGGCCUUACUUCCCUUCUGAAUUAAUCUUCGGUCUAGAAUUUUAAGUGGCCGUGGACGAAAGGGACUGGAUAUGUUCAGAACUGGGGGAUGAAAAAUGCGAUCAGGAAUAGCAUGGCAAGGUUUGA